AUGUGCAAAAGGGUGCCGGAAGAUCUGGAGGUUGGUCUCGCUGAAGAUGCGUCGGAGAAUGUCAUCCAAGACAGUGACUCUGAAGCUGUAGUAGUUGAGAUUACACCAGAAGAUUUGGAGAUGGGUGUCGUUAGUAACAACGAACGCACCUCUAUGCUCAUUGCGUGGUUUUGGACUGUGCUCAUCUUACCGGUUACGACGUUGAAGAAAGCAUUCUGUCUGGAAAAAUUCCAGACCCAAACCGAACCAAAAUUUCCGAUUAUUUUCUGUUGUGAAUCUGGAAACUCACCAGCUUGCGAAUUUGACAUUGGAUUGGAGGAACUCGUUCAACUAGUCAGAGAUCGUAGCCUUGAAGCUUUGAAUCGAUAUAACGGGGUUAUUGGAUUAUCAAAUCUGCUGAAGACUAACCUGAAAGUGGGCAUAGAUGAUGAUGAUGAUGAGAUUCUACAUCGUAGGCAAACAUUUGGGUCAAACACAUACCCCUGCAAGAAGGGAAAGAGUUUGUCGCGCUUUAUCUGGAAAGCUAGCCAGUUUCCUCCUUCUCUGCUUAUCACGCUUGCUGCUGUGAUUCAAUCGCUCCUGCGAAUCAGAAGAAAAGCUAUCGAUGAUGGAUGGUAUGAAGAACCGUGCGUCGUGUUGUUAAUUAUACUUGACAUCAUUGUGAGAGCUAGCACAGAGUACUGGCAGUCUCUUCAGUUUGAAAAGUUGACUAAGGAGAAGAGAAACGUACACUUAUAUGUGACUAGAGGUGGAGGAAGCGUCUGGGUUUCUAUUUAUGAUAUUGUUGUGGGCGAUAUUGUACCCCUGAGGAAUGGUGGUCAGGUACCUGCAGAUGGUGUCCUGUUUCAUGCUAACUCAUUGAAAAUUGACGAGCAAGAAAUAACUGGCCCACAUGACAUUGUUCAAAAAGAUCUUCAAAUUGAUCCAUUCCUAUUAUCUGGUUCAAAACUGAUAGAGGGCAUAGGUACAAUGCUGGUUACAAGUGUUGGAAUGAAUACUGAAUGGGGGCAGAUGAUGGAGAUUGCACAUGAUACUGAUGAGGAAAAACCCUUUCAGGUAUACUUGAAAUGGAUUGCAAAUUCUGCCAGCUGCUUAGUCGUUUUGUUUGCUUUAGUUGCCUGUAUCGUUCAAUUAUGCCGAUACUUUUAUGGUCGGACCAAAACAUCAGAUGGAAAUCCAAUGUUUAUCCUUGGAAUUACCACUGCCAAAGAAGCAACAGAAUUUGUGAUUAAAUCCCUGAGUUUUGGGAUCGCAACAAUAAUAGUGGGAGUGCCUGUUGGACUUCCUAUAGCUGUUCUCUUGAACUUUGCAAAUACAGCAAGAAAAAUGAUGACAGACAGCGCUUUGGUGCAGACACCCUCUGCAUGUGAAAGAAUGGGGCAUGUUACAACUAUACUGUGUCAUAAAACUGGAGUUUUAACUUUGAAUAAGAUGUCGGUGGUUGAUGUCUGGGCUGGAGAAAUAAGAAUGCAAGAUAUGGAUAAUGGUUCACAGUUGCCCACCUUACUUAAAGAACUAAUCAUAGAAGGCAUUGCCCAAAACACAAAUGGCAGUGUUGUUCUUGAAACGGGAGUUUCACCAACAGAACAAGCCAUUCUUAGCUUUGGGAAUAAGUUGGGAAUGAAAUUUGACGAUGUUAGGUCGGCAUCAUUAGGCCGUCAUACUAUACCAUUCAACCCAGACAAGAAAUAUGGAGGUGUGGCAUUAAAGCUUAGUACACGAGCCCUCGUUCAUUGGAAAGGAUCUGCAAAGAUUAUUCUGAAUUCAUGCGAAAAGUAUAUGGAUGGGUCCGACAACCCCAUAGCUAUUGAUGAACAGAAACGAAAGGGUUUUGAAGAAACAAUUAAAUACAUGUGUGAGAGAGGAUUGCGUUGUGCUGCACUUGCUUAUCAACCCUAUGAACUGGAAAAACUUCCAUCCAAUGAGGCACUUUCUCGACUACCUAGUCUACCUGGAAAACUUGUUUUGUUGGCUAUUAUUGGUAUAGAGGAUCCUUGCCGGCCAGGCACAAAGGAAGAGAUCCAACUGUGCCAAUCCGGAGGUGUUAAGGUUCGCAUGGUGACGGACGAUGACAUUUUGACUGCAACAGCUAUAGCAAAGAAAUGUGGGAUAUUUGACGAGGCAUCUGACGGUAAUAUAUUGACAGGAGCUGAAUUUCGUAAUCUUUCCGAUCUAGAAAGAGAGGAGCGCGUCGAAGAUCUCUUAGUUCUUGCUGAAUCUUCUCCCAGCGAAAACCUUCUGUUUGUCAAAGCACUGAAGAAAAGACAACAUGUCGUUGCAGCCACUGGGAUGGGAAUACAUGAUUCAGAGACACUAAUGGCGGCGGAUGUAGGCCUUGCAAUGGGAAUUGGAGGAACUGCAGCGGCAAAAGAGAAGUCCGAUAUCAUAAUAUUGGAUGGCGAAUUUGCUACGAUCAUCAAGGUUAUCCUAUGGUGUCGAUAUCUAUACACUAAUAUCCAGAGAUGUGUCCUAUUUCGGCUCACUGUCAGUGUAUCCGUUGUGGCUAUCUGUGUGGCUGAGGUUGUAAUUCAUAAUGCAUUUCCAUUGAAUACCGUGCAGCUCCUGUUACUUAAUCUUACUAUCGACAUCUUUGGAGCAUUAGCGUUGGCAUAUAGACCACCAGCUCACCAUCUAAUGGGAAAGCCACCGGUUAAUAUAAGAGACCCUCUUAUAAAUACAACGAUGUGGAACAAGUUGGUGAUACAGGUGAUUCACCAAGUGCUGUCGCUGGCGCUCGUGCAUUCUGAGAAGAUACUGGAGCUGAAGCAUGGUCCUACCGGUAAUGCCGUAAAAGUGAUGAACACGUUGAUUUUCAAUUCAUUUGUCUUCUGCAUGGCUUUUAAUAAUGACUUUGAGAUCCGAAGUCUAGACCAAACCUUCAAAGAAAUUUUUAGAGAGAAUAUGUUUCUCGUUACUAUAACCUCAACUAUUAUAUUUCAGAUAUUCGUAUUAAAGUUACUGGGACUUUUCAAUUCAUCCGUUAAGCUUGAUUUGAAAGAAUGGCUGGUGGCUAGUGUUCUGGGAUUACUCAGCCAAUUGGCCACUCACUUCCCUUUGCAAGCCCAUCAGUAUAACCGUAACUGAGCUUUGUCUUACUGAAUUCCGGCCAACUAUUGAAGCAUCCCGUUUUGCCGUGGACGCAUCUUAUGCUUGUUUUCUUCGAUUCUCUCUACUUCUUGAUUUCACCUCCAUUUUGUGUUUUCUUUUUCUUCACUUUCGUUUCAUGGAUGUUCCUAAAUUUUUGAUUUAUUCUUUCGUUUUCUUUGAGAAUUCGAAAUGGUUUCUAUAUCAGAAUCCACUCUUCCUAGUAGGUC